CCGUCGCGCUGAGGUAAACUGCAUCUUCCCACCCCUCUGGGCAGGACCAGGAGGAUGGCAGCGGCGCCGGCAGAAGCGCUGGGUCUGGGUCUGCUUGCGGGCUUUCCUUUCGGCUUCUCCUUGGUGUGAAUGAUAAUAUUCCUAUCGGUGUACCGGUAGUACCAGUGGACUUGAAGUGUUGAGACAAGUUCUGAAAAUUAAUGGACUGAUUAAAGCAAUUUGCAAACUCCAGGUGUGAAGUAAUAAUGGUGCAAAAAUAUCAGUCUCCUGUUAGGGUCUACAAAUACCCAUUUGAGCUUGUUAUGGCGGCCUAUGAAAAGCGCUUCCCUACUUGCCCAGAGAUCCCUGUUUUCCUGGGCAGUGAGAUCCUUAGUGAAUCCAAGAGUGAUGAUGGAGCCAUCCACAUAAUUGAACGCAGCUGUAAAUUGAAUGUAGAUGCACCUCGGUUACUGAAGAAGAUUGCUGGAGUAGAAUAUGUCUUUUUCAUACAAAAAAACACGGUGAACUGGAAGGAGCGAACACUUGUGAUCGAAGCUCAUAAUGAGACUUUUGCCAACCGUGUCAUUGUCCUGGAGACAUGUAACUAUUCAGUUCACCCUGAGAAUGAAGACUGGACAUGCUUUGAACAAUCUGCAUCUCUUGACAUCAAAUCAUUCUUUGGCUUUGAAAACACAGUGGAGAAAAUUGCAAUGAAACAGUACACAGCCAACAUCAAGCGGGGCAAAGAAGUGAUAGAGCAUUAUCUAAAGGAAUUGAUUUCCCAGGGGAUCACUUUUAUCCCCCGAUGGACUCCUCCAGCAGUCAGAGGGGAAACAGCUAAGAGGCCUUCAUCAGGAUGUGAUUGUGGCACUGUACCAGCAGUAGCACCCCCACACGGAAGUGACAAGGAACACCGAGGCAGCACCUGCUCCUCUGUGGAGGCAUCAACCCCCGAUGCUGACAAACUAGAUGCUGAUUACAUAGAAAGGUACCUAGGACAAUUGACUCCCAUGCAGGAAAGCUGCCUGAUCAGACUCCGUCAGUGGUUGCAAGAAACACACAAAGGCAAGAUUCCCAAAGAUGAACAUAUCCUCCGUUUUUUGAGGGCUCGUGACUUCAACAUUGACAAGGCUCGAGAGAUGCUGUGCCAGUCACUGACCUGGCGCAAGCAGUACCAAGUAGACUACAUCCUGCAAACAUGGAGACCACCUUCUCUUCUGGAAGAAUACUAUACUGGUGGUUGGCAUUACCAUGACAAAGAUGGAAGGCCACUUUACAUACUUCGCCUUGGUCAGAUGGACACCAAAGGACUUGUGAAAGCACUGGGAGAGGAGUCACUCCUUCGUCAUGUACUGUCAAUUAACGAGGAAGGACAAAGGAGGUGUGAGGAAAACACCAAUCUAUUUGGCCGCCCAAUCACAUCUUGGACCUGUCUUGUUGACCUUGAAGGGCUGAACAUGCGCCACCUCUGGCGCCCUGGAGUAAAAGCGCUCCUUAGGAUUAUUGAAGUGGUUGAAGAAAACUACCCAGAGACCUUGGGAAGACUUCUGAUUGUGCGAGCACCCAGAGUGUUCCCUGUUCUAUGGACUCUGGUGAGUCCCUUUAUCAAUGAGAACACUAGGCAGAAGUUCCUCAUUUACAGCGGCAACAAUUAUCAAGGACCUGGAGGGCUUGUGGAUUAUCUUGACAAAGAUGUGAUUCCUGAUUUCCUUGGAGGAGAAUGUGUGUGUAAUGUGCCUGAAGGUGGCCUUGUUCCCAAAUCACUCUAUCAAACAGAUGAAGAACCUGAAAUCUCUGAUCAUAUCCGCCUCUGGACAGAAACCAUCUAUCACUCUGCAAAUGUAUUCAAAGGUGCUCCUCAUGAGAUAGUUGUGGAAAUCUUGGAAGGUGAAUCGGUGAUCACCUGGGACUUCGACAUUCUGAAAGGAGAUGUCGUGUUCAGCCUCUUCCAUUCCAAGAGGGCACCUGAGAUUUGCCGCAAGGAGCCUACAGUGCCAAAUGCUUUGACUCUGGGGGAUAAUAUACAGCUAAUUGGCAAGAGCUGGGUCCUGGGAGUGGACUAUAGCCGUGUGGAGUCCCCGCUGGUGUGUCGUGAAGGCGAGAGCAUCCAGGGUUCUCAUGUGACUCGUUGGCCUGGCUUUUAUAUCCUCCAGUGGAAAAUGCAUAGCCCAACUCCCUGUGCUGGGACCAGCCUCUCUCGGGUUGAUGAUGUCUUGGCUACACUCCAGGUCACCAAUCACAAGUGCAAGAUCAUGUAUUACUAUGAGGUGCUUGCAUCCAAGGAAUUCAGGGGGUCCAUGACAAGUCUGGAAUCCUGCAACAGUGGAUUUUCACAGCUCAGUGGAGCAACAACAUCUUCCAACCAAUCGCAGAGCAGCUCUCUGAUUUCUAGAUAACAUCAUCUAGGAACUUGUUGAACACUGAUAAAUGAACUGCUCAGCUGAGAUGCUUUCCUCAGGUCUGUUCCAUAGAACGAGCCAAAGAGUCCUGUGGCGGAAUGCUAGUGCCUAGGGAUGGCCUUCUAGGGGAACACAAGUAACAGCAGUUUGGACACAAAGAUGUUUCUAGGGAGCCGCUUGAAAUCUUUGCUUUUUCGGGAAUAGACUUGCAGCUUCUGAACUUUGAAGAUUGAUUUUCCUGGACCGUGUAUUAACAAAUCUGUGCAUUAGACUGCAUAUCACUUUUGCAUGAAUUUUACGUGAUUCCUGUGGUUUAAAGGGCUCUUUCCAGUCAACUUAACUCUACGUAAAUGUAGAGCUAUCUGGUGUUGCCUUACCUAUUAGGACCUGUAGAGCUGUCUCUUAUGUGUAGCAAAAACUAGUCUAGUUUCACCGGGGCAUCAACCAGUGCCAUUUGUGUUUUAACAAGAGGCAUAAGGUGCCUCAGUAGCAGGGAUUACGUGCAAACUACUAAUAUGUACAUAAAUAGAUGGGGGUGGGUGGGAGGAAACAAGGUUUCCAGGUUACUUCAAGUAGGAAACAUAUCUCAGAGGUUAGAUACCUAGAUUUAGCUAGCUUAACAUGCUUUGGCAUCCCUGAGAGACCCCAAAAAUGUACAUAAGUUUCUCCUGCAGUGCACAGAAACGCCUUCUUUCUUAAAGGAGUAAGCACUGGUACCCCCCCACCCCCAUUUUUUCUCAGGUCUAUGAGCAAUAAAUGAGUAGAUCUCUGCCCCAUCCCUCUCUCAGGGUAGGAAGUGAAUUCCAUUACAAAGGGCUAAGCAAAGCAAUAUUUAAUUUCUACAGGCACAAAACAACUUUACAGUGUUGACGAAGCUCUUAUUUUUGAAAGCAGGGCAGGCACAAAUUCAAGUUGGGGUGGGCACUUUAAGUGUGUGUGUGUGUGUGUGCGUGUGUGUGUGUGCAUGAAUAUAUGAAAAUUCCUCUUUAUUCAAACAAGAUUAAGACUUAAAUUAAUAACUUAUUUGUAUCAUUUUAUAGGUACAACUCAAGUAUGUAUUAUGAAAUAUGCCCCUCCCUUUUUUGUGUGUUGAUUUUUUGAGGCCAGAGGGAGGAAUUCUGAUCAUCUUCAGCUAUGUAAGACUGUUUCACUGAAACAUGGUUUCAUAACUGGAUAUUUUUGGAGCACAGGACUGCAUUAUGCAGAAUUAUUUGCACAGGUCUCCAUUUAAUCUUUUGAGUUUGAUAAGGUUGUGGCCUACAUUGUAACUGGAAAACUGCUCUGGCAAUAUGGCCCUCAAUGAUUAAGGACCUUGAUUUUGUAAAAUUUAUAUGCCCUGGAACGAUAACACCUGGGACUGCACAAACUUCACUGUGGGGUGGGCAUGGUUUAUUGAUAAUAAGAUAGUUGUGAAGUUACAUACAAAGGGAAGAAAGGGAGACGUGAAUGUUGAGAUACUUCUGAGUAUGCAUGAAACACGAGUUCUCCUUUGCAAGGUUUAUUUUUACUUCCUGUAAUUAGGGGAUAAGUAAGAAGCCAAAUCAGCUGAGAUUCCAGCUGCCUUUGCUUGCCUGUGUGUUUGUUCAAAGGUGCACUGCAGUGCUGGUGAGAGAAAAGGGAAGCAAGCAGGACCAGUCACUACAGCAAAGUGCGUCAGUGUUGCUGUUUCCCUGUGCAGAGGGACUGCGGGGAAUUAGAUGCCCAAGCUUGCCUUAGAAGGCUAAUUCCAAGCAAUCCUUUUGAGGAAAUAGCUGUAAUGUGUAAGUAACGCUUUCAGUUGCUUUAUCUUAGUGCAAGGCUGAAUGUUGCAUGCAAUCCCCUGAGAGGAGAUUUAAUGAAAAGCAGCUUGGGGCAGGGAACAGGUAGAUAGGGGGCAAUUUUUAGCUGAAAAACCAGACAGUGGAGAGGAAGAGUUAACUGCAUGCAUAAACAUUAGUGUUUUUCUGGUUCCUGACAUAGCCUCCUGAGGCUGCUUUUUCUUAAUAUUUUGGGUGUAACAUCUACUCUAAUCCUUAAAGCAAAUUCCAACUUUGCUGGAGUAAUAUCCAGUCUAAGGUGGUUCCAGUUCUCUUUUUAAAGGAAAAUUAUGGCUGCUUUCUCUCUCUUGGACUGCAUUGGGAAUGCCAUGUCUCAAAAAUGUUGCCAUUGGUUGUAGAGGAAGAAAGACCAGGGUACUCUAGGUUUCACAUGAAAAUGAAGAGGGUCUCCAGCUCUGCUUUUAAGUAUCCUUACAGUGAAGCAAGUUGUGAUCUGCCUCAACUAAGGUCUCAGCAAACCUCUUAAUCUGUAGGUUACUGUUAGAUUGUGCUUCAUUUUAAAGACCUAUUUCGUGCCAUAAAUGAUGGCAGCUUUAUAAAUGUAUAUAUUCUCUAAAGCUUAAUUUUUGUUUUCCUUCUCAGAUGUUGAGGAGUCUCGAGUCUAGACUCAGGAGGAUGUUUCUCCUGCAUCCUAGUUGGGUUAGGGCCUGCUUAAUCAGCACCUCUGUUCUGCAAGAGUGAAUCUAAUAUGAAUGACAAGGACAGGAAGGGUGGUAGAGGGCUAUGCAGACAUGCUGUUGGUUAUGAAUGAAGCUUGUGUGCAGAGACUUAAUAAGGAGAUGAAGAUUGGAGAUGCCCUGUCAUGACCAAAAUAAUUGAACUGAUCCUUCCCAUAUUGAUGGAGAAAACAAUGAUCUCGACCAUUUGGCAGUGGAGGAAAAAGAAUCCUCUGCCCCUUCCCAUCCUCCUCCAACCCAGUUUUAACUGUGACAACCUGAAUUUCCUAUUGACAAACAGCCUAGUUCUAUCUUGACUGAGUCAACCUCUGAAGAGGGUGGCGGCUUUGGUAUUGUAUGUGAACCAGCCUGCUCUGUCUUACUGACUUCCUAUGACAGCCAGACCUUUGCUUCUGCCUAUAAUUUUCCUGCCUUGCCUAUAGUCUUCCAUCUCAUUGUAGAUCGCAGUACAUACUGACCUGUAACAGCUGGAAACAACAAAGGUAUGUGUGUGUGUGUGUGUGUGUGUGUGUGUGUGUGUUGUUCAUAGUUUGGACACAAAGGAUAUAGUAGCCUUGCAGAAGUCAGUGUCUGGAUGGGAGACUGCCUGAAAACUCCAUGCAUACUGCCUUGAGUUCCAUCAUGGAAGAAAGAUGGGAUAUAAAUGUAAGUAAAAAUGUAUGAUCCCAUGUACAAUAAGUAUUUUAGGACUAUACCUUUAAUUAUUAUUAGCAUGGAAAGAACAUCCAUUAUUAGUUGUGUAAGAUACACUCCAAAUUGCUGGUGCACAAGUGUGGGAAGCUUUACCAGGUGCCCAGUCUUGUUAGUGCCUUGAGCACCACGAUGGCUAUGUUUUACUUCCACUGUUGCAGGUAGAAUACCACUGAAUACCAGUUGCUGGCAACCACAGGAGAGGAAAAGUGCUGUUGCGGUCAGAUCCUGCUUGCAGACUUCCUGUUAGGGCAUCUGGUUGACCACUGGGAGAACAGUAUGCUGGACUAGAUUUAUUUUGUUCUUAUAGUGUCUCACAUUGAUUAUGUCUGGGCCUAAUAUGGGGGCUUAGAGGUUCCUUAAACAUAUUUUGAGACUGGCUUGGUUCUUCUAGAGACUGUAACUGCGCAAUGAAAAGAUAUUUUGGUAUUAAAAGGGCUCUCUGUCCUCCCUUACUUAAAUGCUUAAAGCAGUCUGAGUUGGCUAAAUAAUCAUUCAAAGUCUUUUCUAAUUGUAGAAAGCAGGACUUGAUCUUUAGGAAGGUUGGUUUUCAUUCAGCUGCUUUUGUAACUAUAAUUUAGAAUCUACCCCAAGCUACUAUCAGUUUAUUCCCCUUAUAGCAACAUGAAAAAGGCAAGAUAUUCUUGCUGUGUUCAGUGAUUCCUGCUCCCACCAGUCAGGUGAACAGCACUUGGAUCCUGGGCCAGGGUGCACUCAAGUACAAUAUUGCUGCUACUAUAUACAGUAUUUAGAAUUUAAUAAUGUUCACAACUGUGCUAGGCAUUUUACAGAACACAGGAGGUCAGAUAUAGAUUUGUCUCAAAAGAUAUCCAUCCUUGACAUCACCAUCAUCAUUUUAUUUGUAUGGUGCCUUUCCAUAGUUAAAACAGUGCUCAAGGUGACUUACAACAUGACAAGAUUUACAUAAUUACCAACAUAACAAAUUCAUAAGCAAUGAAUAAAACACAUCAAAAAGUACACAACCAAAUGGAAAACUAUUUCCACAUAAAUCAUAAAAUCUAAAACUAAGAAUACAGCUUUAAUAUCAAUCACAAUUAAAAAUGACAUAGAUUAAAAAAUAAAAGCAAUUUAAAAAACAAAAAACCGGAGCGCCCUCUGCCCAGCAGCAGCAGUCCUUUAUGGAGCCUGUCAGGCCUCGCCCCAAGCCAGGUGGAGAGAAGCAGGGCACGAGCCUUUAGGCUCCCAGCAGGUCAGUCCUCGAAGGAGGCUUCAUUGCAGAGUAUGAAAUUUCUGAUUCAGAACCUUAUCAAGAAAGUUGAAGACCAAGAGCAAAGAUGCAGCCACCUCCUUUUUCUGUAGCUCUUCAUUUUGGGGGCAUUCUGUAUUUCCAGUUCCUCAACUGUCUUUUUAAGUACCAAUAUUUUUCCACGACUUGAAGCUCUCUUUUGCUUGGAUAUUCCUUCUUGGAUUUCAUCUCCUGAUAAUUGCUUUUUGAGUUCCUCUAAUUGUGUUGUUAAGGAUAUUACUUUGGCUUUGUUUUGCAGCUUUAAUUUGGGAAUCUUGGCUUCAGAUGCUUCUUUUUCUUUCUUUAAUUGUUGUUCUUUAAGGCAUAACUCACUAUCCUUUUCCCUGACAAGUUCUUUGAGUCCUGCUACCAGCUGUUCAUUUUGUAGCAGCUUUUCUGUCAAAUCGGUCACUGACAUGCUUGCUGCUUGAAGUGGGCCAUGAGCUCCAGAUUUAGUAGCUGAAACAUCACCGCUGCCCCAUUUCAGCAUAGUUUUAAAAUAGCUGAGGGGAAGGAAGAGAGUUGGGCAGGGAGCAACAUGCUCACCACCCCCUCAGCGAGACCAGAGCGGUAGGGGCGUAAGGGGUGCAGGUCAGACCACAUAGGCCAGGCAUCCCCAAACUUCGGCCCUCCAGAUGUUUUGGACUACAAUUCCCAUCAUCCCUGACCACUGGUCCUGUUAGCUAGGGAUCAUGGGAGUUGUAGGCCAAAACAUCUGGAGGGCCACAGUUUGGGGAUGCCUGAUAUAGGCCUUGUUGCCAGCUGUUCCUCCUCUUUGGCCUGCUCCAGGUGGCCCAUAAGGCAGCCGGGAGAGUCAUCCUGACAGGCUGCUAGCUGGACAGAGUAGUUUUCGCCCGUGUGUGUGCCGUGACACUUCCCUUGUAAUAGGUAUUAUUUCUGCCAACUCAUAGAGCAUGGUACUGAAGAGGUUCACCAGGUCAAUUUACUUAUAAGCAGUGUGUCAGUCUUCCAGAGACUGUUUAGCUAGACUAAGCCAUUGCGUUUGCAAGUGAUCUGAAGAAAUCUCCUUGCUGGGUCUGGGUGAGUUUGCCUUGCAACCAUACUCUUCUGUUAUUGGGAUUAAUAGGUUAAGGAGCUAUUCUAACCACAUGACAGAAGCAUAUUUCUGAGCUUUUGGGGGACGGUUAAGAUGCUAUCAUGAACAGGUGUAAUAAAUAACAAGAUGAAAGAUGGAAAAAGUCUUUUUUAAUAAUUCCAGUGGCACCUUUAAGAUCAACUAAAUAUAAGCUUUCAAGGUAUGAACUUUCGUGUGUAAUACACACUUCAUCAGAUACUCUGAAGUAGAAGUAUGUAUAUAUAUAUGGGUAAAAUGAAAUAACGAUAACCUCCAGAUUCAGAGGUGGUGUGCUAUUAUUGCCUUCAAGCUUUGCAGGUCUGUGAGGCAUUUGGUUGGCCACUAUAGGAAGCAGGAAGAGAUGGACCUUUGGUCUCACCCAGGAGGGCUCUGAUGUUUUUCCUAUUAACCUUAGAACAGGGCUAUGUACUCUAUCAAAAACCUGAACUCUGCUGGAGGAAACUUACAUUAUCCAUACUGGGUAAAUUUACAGAAACUUAAAUUAACUUUUUUUCACCCUUCAGUGUUGGCAAAAGGCUGGAAACUAAUGGGAGGAGAUAUGAAAGGGGGAAAAGGAUUGUGUAGAUCAGUGUUUCUCAACCAGUGUGCCUCCAGAUGUUUUGGGACUACAACUCCCAUCAUC